UUCAAGGAUAGUGCUCAUUUUUCUUAUAGUGCACUAGACCAGAUCCUGAUGAGGUUUGUGUGGGUGAAUCCUCAUGUUAGCUUAGAGUUCACUGCAGGCUCUGGCUGUGGAUUGCAAGCAUGCUCCUGGAGCCCUUGGUGCUCCUUUAUGUAGCAGAGCUAAAACACAUUAAUAAGAAAAUCACCCUCGGAAGGAGUUUUCUGCUGUCAAGGAGCUGGCAGAGCAGGACAAGCUUUGCCUUUCAGAAUUUACCAUUGCAACACCUAAGGAUGGAAAGUUGGUCGGUUGAUCAAGUCUGCAGCUGGUUGAGACAGAGAAAUUUAGGAGAACUAGUUCCUAAGUUUCGUGAAGAAGAAGUAAGUGGAGCAGCUCUUCUGGCUCUUAAUGAUCGUAUGGUGCAGCAGCUGGUGAAGAAGAUUGGGCACCAGGCAGUGCUGAUGGACCUGAUUAAUAAAUACCAGCAACAAAAAAGUGGGCUAGAAUCCCUUACAUACUGCUGUGAAACAGCUUCUCCAAAAUUUCCGGAAGUAAUCACUGGGGCUACUAGCAGACAAAUCUUAAAUUCUUCUGGUCCUGUGGAGCAGAAAAAAUAUCUGUGCUCUACUGAAAAUGAAGAAGGACUAAUUGAUCACAGAGCGCUAAAGCAAAAAAAAAAUCUGAAAUCAUUUUUUGCAAGAUACAAGACGUUGCAGUGGACGAGUUCUUAUGCUUUGCCAGACUUCCCUUACGAUGUCAAGUGCGUAUUGGCAGAAAGAAAAUGCCCUGAUCACAGUAUGAGAAUAAGGAUUAUCGAAUUUUUACAAGCAGACAUGACAAAAUACCUAGAAGGAUCACUGUAUCCGAACAGUCAGCAAUAUAACAUUGUUGUCAAUGCUCUGCUGCAGGCGUACCCAUUCCUUGAUGAAAAUGGGAAUGGCUUUUUGCUAUGGAAACGGGCCCUUAAAGAUCGUUUCAAGUAUGUGCGGAGACCCAUUGAAGAUGAUGAGCAAGUCCUGAGGAACAAAUGCAAGUUUGGCCACAGGCGAGGACAGACCAGGAAAUCUUUUGCUGAAAACAAACCUGAUGAUGUCCAGGUGCAGGUAGAGGUCUGGAAGAACAGAUCAGCUGUGUGUGGACAAGAAGCCAACACAUCAGGCUUAUUUAAGGAAGAACCUGUUCAUCUUGAAGGCAGUGCAAUGGAUGUACAUAUUAAGUGGCUUAAGCAAGAAUAUAUGAAAACUCAGAGGAACUGGAAAGAAGUGGAUAACAGAAUGAAUGUGACAAUAGAAAUACGGAGAAAGAUGAUCAGCGAUAAGGCACCUUUAAAAGACAUUCUUAGACUAUUUCCUUUCUUAAGAUGCCCUUAUCAGCUUUUUAGGGAGUUCCAGCUUCUCACACACAUGGACAUUUAUAAGAAAACAGUUGAGAUUUUGGAGAAUUAUUCAGAAAACAUAUUAUCUUUGUAUGUGGUGAGGAAUAAUCCAAUUCACAUUAUGCUGCAAGAAAAUCUGAAGCGGCACACAGAGGAAGACAUUCUGAAAUAUAUGAAAAUGACUGCUGCAUGUUUACUCCUGCCAGAUGUCUUUGGAGAUGAUUCCAGUCUGUUUGCUGCAGUGAACGAGGAGGUAAAGGCAGUGACACCAGUGUUGGAAGUAAAAAAUCCAUUCAAUGUGAAUUCAUGCGAGUUUGCCCUGUAUGUAGGAAGAGAAGAGCUAACCCAGCUCGAUGACUGCACCAUGGCCCUGGCAGCACUGGUGGCUGCAUUUCACGUGUUCGAUAUUCCGUGCCCAAAGAGAAUCCACAGGACGCUGAACUUCCUGGAGUCCCUGGUCUUUGAAGUGAGGAGCCCAGCAUCCCUGCCCACCCAGAACAAAUCGGCCUUCUCCACAUGGUGACUCUCCUGUCUGCCCAUGCAGAGCAGAGGCCCUCUCCUCUCCUCUUCCACAGCCUCCUCUUCUCCCUAACAUGCUCCUCUUAACUCCUGCAUGUCUGGAAAUCCUAGGGGUUACUGCCUGACAGUGUACAGCUUCAGACAAGCGCCUAGUAAUAGACAGUAGCAGCAGCCCACAAACAUGACCCACUGCAUUAAUUACAAAUUAAAAUGGCUUUUUAUUAAAGCACUGCAUUCUACUAAAGAGAUCAAUCUCCCACCAGUUCUAAAAAUGUCUGUGUAGGCAAAGCAGCGUUUGUGGUCACCACAAUUCUUUUAACACUCAAACACACAGCUUGGAAGACCACAGAAGUCUUGUUAAAGCCUGGCUGUGCAGAGGUGACUCCAAUGCAGAGAUUACAGUGGGAGACCCUGUGGAAUGAGGGGAGACUGCUGCAUUUAAUGGCCACACUCUCUUGCUAAAGUCUUAGGAUUUUUCAAGUGGCUCACAUGGAAAUCAGGGGACAACCUUUACCUGUGUGAUAGCUGGGCUACCUCCAACACAACAUAUGAAACAAUACCAACUGCCAUUUUAAAGAUUCAGUAGGUCUCCUGAGUGUUUUUAGUUUCCAAGUGAAUUUGUUGGGUGUAGUUUUUGUACCAGAGGUGGCUACACCCUGCUACCUCAUCACAUGAGAUACAGAAGUAAGGAUUAUACAUGUCCUCACUGUUGUGAUAGCUGUAUGAAUAAAAAGCUGGGCUCUGUAUAAUUUCAGUGAGCUUCAUUCUACAUCUUGUAAACAGUAUUAAUUCAAACCCAUUUCUUAAACCACAGUACUUUGUAAGUAGGUAUAUAAAAAUUCAGGGAGCUACUAACAUCCCCAAGCAAUCUCUGUCGAGAAGCAAAUCUCUUCAUUGGUUCUCACUACAGGCUACAGAGCUGGCAGACGAGAGAGACACAGAGGGUGAGGAAAAAUAAACUACAUGGAAGGACAGAAGGAAGGAAAACAAGAAUUUGGCAUUUUACUGAUCUGUGCGGGCAACUUCAGCUUCUGCCAGUGACAAAAUCCGGGUCCAUAAAUGGGAUUCUGAUUGUGACAGCAAGUGGCCUGUGAGCAUUAGGAGUAAGUGUUUAAGGAGAGGGCAGACAUCAGU